AUGGCUGAUUUUAAUUUUACAAUGGUUACUGAGUUUAUCCUUUUGGGACUGACAGAUCAUGCUGAACUGAAGAUGGUCCUCUUCGUGUUGUUCCUGUUGAUCUACACUAUUUCCCUGGUGGGGAAUCUAGGAAUGCUCUUUCUAAUCUAUGUAACUCCCAAACUCCACACACCCAUGUAUUAUUUCCUUAGCUGUCUGUCAUUUGUUGAUGCCUGCUAUUCAUCAGUUUUUGCACCCAAAAUGCUGCUGAACUUCUUUGUUUAGCGGGAGACAAUCUUAUUCUCUGCAUAUAUUGUGCAGUAUUUUUUAUUCGUGUCUCUCCUUACCACUGAGGGCUUCUUGCUGGCCACAAUGGCUUAUGACCAUUACAUGGCCAUUGUGAACCCUUUACUUUAUACAGUAGCUAUGACUAAAAUAGUUUGUAUUGUGCUCGUAUUUGGGUCAUGUGUGGGAGGUUUAAUCAACUCAUUGACACAUACAAUUGGCUUAGUGAAACUGUCUUUCUGUGGGCCAAAUGUCAUCAAUCACUUCUUCUGUGAUCUUCCCCCACUUUUGAAGCUGUCAUGUUCUGACACAUCUACGAAUGAACUGUUGUUUUUGAUCUUCUCUGGCGUUAUUGCCAUGCUCACUUUGACUGUGGUGAUCUCCUACAUCUUCAUUGUUGCUGCUGUCCUGAGGAUCCGCUCAGCAGCAGGUAGACAUAAAGCCUUCUCCACCUGCACCUCUCACCUGAUUACCGUGACCUUAUUCUAUGGAUCGAUAAGCUUUAGUUACAGCCUAAGGAACAAGGAAGUGAAGGAAGCUGUGAAAAGGGCUAUAGAAAUGAAACAUUUUCCUUGUUAA